AUGUGGAUUAUUUUAUUAGAUGCAACAACACAAAUAGAUAAUAAUGAGUUGAGUCUUGGGGUCUCAUUAUUAAAUCGUAUGAGAUAUAGUAAAGAACCUAAAACUGGCCAAAUUUUUUUAAAAAAACCAUCAACUAGAAAAGUAAAUCGGCUACAAAAAAUCAAUAUAUCUUUGCACAAUAAAGUUAAAAAAUUCAAGCAAAUUCGUAAAAAAAAAAUUUUGUUGGCUCGGUUUGUAGCACAUAAAAUACCUACGAUCAUCGAUAAACAAUUAAAGUUAGCCAUUCAAGAUCGACUUAUAAUAAAUAAAAAACAGUAUAGUUCUAAAACUGUUUUAAUGACUACAUAA